AAGCAAACAUAUAUAAGUUUCUCUUCCUCAAAAAACAAAGAAACCAAAAGAGGAAGUGAGAUUAAUAUUCAUAAGAUGAGUGAGUUAACAUGUUGUGAGAAACUUAAUGCAUGGCUAAGAAAGUCAAAGGAUUAUUUGCUUAUAAUAAGUUUGCAAUUUGGUUCUGCUGGCAUGUAUGUUCUCACCAUGGAUGCACUUAACAAGGGAAUGAGUCAUUAUAUUUUUGUGGUUUAUCGUAAUAUUAUUGCUACUGUUGCUCUUGCUCCAUUUGCAUUCUUUCUCGAAAGGAAAAUUAGGCCAAAGAUGACAGUUCGAAUAUUUUCGGAAAUUAUGGCACUGGGUUUUGUUGAGAUAAUACUUGAUCAAUGUUUCACGUUUUUGGGGAUGAAGCUAACAUCAUCAUCUUUUGCAUCUGCGGUUAUGAAUUCCGUACCAUCCAUCACCUUUGUACUUGCAAUCUUAUUUAGAUUGGAGAGGAUGAAACUUAGGGAGAUAGGAUGUCAAGCAAAAGUGAUUGGCACCGUGGUGAGUCUUGGAGGUGCUUUUCUAAUGGCACUAUAUAAAGGUCCUGUUCUUCAUAUUGCUGGUUCUUCAACAGUAAAACAGAUGCACCAACCUGAAAAUGUCAAUGAUCCAACUGGUUCACACUGGCUCCUUGGUGCUGUGUUCCUCCUCAUCGGUUGUGCUGGCUUUGCCGGUUUCUACAUUUUACAAACCAUAACAUUGAAAAAGUAUCCGGCAGAAAUGUCUCUUGCCACAUGGAUUUGUUUCAUUGGUGCACUUCAAAGCAGUGUAGUAACUUUUUUCAUGGAGCGUCGUAGCCUUGAAGCUUGGGCUUUGGGCCUGGACUCUAGACUAUUUGCUUCCUUAUACGCGGGGAUAGUAACUUCAGCAAUUCAAUUUUACGUACAAGGUUCUGUAAUUAAAUCUAUGGGACCUGUUUUUGUGACUGCUUUUAAUCCUCUUCGUAUGAUCAUAGUCAUAGCUUUAGCUUGUAUCUUCAUCUCAGAAAAACUGCACCUCGGAAGCAUUGUUGGAGGAGUGGUGGUGGUUACUGGAUUAUAUCUUGUUGUAUGGGGAAAAUCAAAGGAACAAAAGAGUAUCAUGUUAGAGAAAGAGUCCCUGCAAAAAAUCUCCCAACAAGGACAACAAAAAUUAUCGAUUACUGUCUCCAAAAUUGAUGACAAUGUUAAUACUAAUAAAGCUCAAUUGGUCACAGUUGUAGAUCCAACAAGUAAAUAGAGACAAUCAUUACAGUAAAAUUAAGUGGUCACAUUGUUGGAGUGUUUGUGACACUGGCUUACGAACAUCGUCUAUUUCAGAACUUGGAUGAUUUUGUUUUUGUUUUUGAGUUUUAGUUCUGCAUUUAACAAAAUAUGAAAGGGGUGUCUUCCUUUUGUGUUUCUUUGUUGCAUUGUUGACUUUAACAAAUUAUAUAAAUAAAAAGAGAUAGUCAUAUGUCUCAAAUUACUUGA